UUGGAUGGGAGCGCCGUGUCGGCUACCGCCACCGAGCCCUGUGCCUCUUUGGUGGGGUGUGUGCAGAAGGAGCGGGUUAAAUAGGAGGCUCCCUCCGCCCCACGACACUCGGAGCUGCCCGCCCGCCCUGGGUGUUUCCCUGCCCCGUAGCCAGGGUGCCAGCCGGGGAGUAGUUUCGUUUCUUCCUGGCUCCGGGAUUAGUUUCCAGGCACCCUCUCGGGCGCCCGGGGCCCGGGAACGGGGCGAAGAAGGUCGAGGGAGACCCGUCUAGGGGCUGCCCGGCCCCGCAGAGUGGGGUUGAUGGACCCGGCCGCCCAGGGCAGCGGCGCCAGAUCCUUGCCGCUGCUCCUGGCCCUUGCGCUGGGGCUGGUGAUUCUCCACUGUGUGGUGGCUAGUGGGAAUUCCACCAGAAGUCCAGAAACGAAUGGCCUUUCCUGUGGAUAUCCUGGAGAAAACUGCACAGCUACCACUGUGCAGCCUAAGCGGAAAGGACAUUUUUCUCGGUGUCCCAAGCAAUAUAAGCAUUACUGCAUCAAAGGGAGAUGUCGCUUCGUGGUGGCCGAGCAGACCCCCUCAUGCAUCUGUGAUGAAGGCUACACAGGGGCAAGAUGUGAGAGGGUUGACUUGUUUUACCUCAGAGGGGAUAGAAGACAGAUCUUGGUGAUCUGUUUGAUAGCAGUCAUGGUCAUUUUCAUCGUUUUGGUCAUUGGUGUCUGCACAUGCUGUCAUCCUCUCCGGAAACAUCGUAAAAGAAGGAAGAAGGAAGAAGAAAUGGAAACUCUGGGUAAAGAUAUAACUCCUAUAAAUGAAGAUAUUGAAGAAACUAAUAUUACUUAGUGCCUAUGAAGUUUCCUCCAGGCUGAUGGCGAAGCUGCAAAUGCCUUGCUUAAUUGAAAAUGGACAGAACGUGUCUCAGGAAAACAGCUAGUAGAAAGGGAUUUUAAAUAAUAUAUUUACUUUUUAUUUGUAACUUUAGUUUGUGUUAUUUGUUACUGUUUUUUGAUAAUAAAAAUAAUAUUAUUAUUGUAUAGUAAUUGAGAAAAAAGUACCUGGUUAGGUAGCAAUAGUAAUAGGGAAAAUUUCAAUGCACUUCCACUUUCAGGCAAAUUGAGGAGGGGGGAAGAAUAUACAUCUUUUUUUAAAUUUUUUUUGACAGGCAGAGUUAGAAAGAGAGAGAGAGAGAGAGAGAGAAAGGUCUUCCUUUUCCGUUGGUUCACCCCCCAAAUGCCCGCUAUGGCCAGCGUGCUGCGCCGAUCGGAAGCCAGGGCCAGGUGCUUCCUCCUGGUCUCCCGUGCGGGUGCAGGGCCCAAGCACUUGGGCCAUCCUCCACUGCCUUCCUGGGCCACAACAGAGAGCUGGACUGGAAGAGGAACACACUGGGACAGAAUCUGGUGCCCCAACUGGGACUAGAACCCGGGGUGCUGGUUCCACAGGUGGAGGAUUAGCCAAGCAAACCAAGGCGCCAGCCAAGAACAUACAUCUUAAAAUAUGAAUUAAGAAUGGAGUAAACACUUAUCAAACACUUAGUGUAUGCUCAGAGUUUAUAAUCUAUUAUUUCACACACACUAUUUCAUUUCAUCCUGUCUAUAACCUCUGAGAUACAUACAGUGGUCUUCAUUUCCCAGAUAUGACAGCAACCCCAAAGGAGUUAAAUAUCAAAUCCAGAUUUAGACAGUUAAGAAUUGAUGGAACUGGUAUUGGAACCAAGAUUUACCCAAAUUCAAAGUUGGAGCUCAUAACCAUCAUUUCUGUUAAUCUGGGUUGGCACAACUUAACCCAAUCAUACAGCCCAUGAUUUUGUACUGAACUGUGUUUUGCUAUGAUUCUGAGAUGACUAGGCCACUCCCCCGCAGAAAAACAGACCUGCAGAAUCUGGCCUUUGUUGAUGUUUCCAUCAUGCUUUCUGUAGAGAACUUUUAAUGUUUCUUUGUUUCUUUAUAAAUUCUCAGUGACAUGAAUAAAUUCUUAUUUUUAAAGCAAA